AUGGCCAGAAGGAACCACACGGCCCUGACUGAGUUCAUCCUGCUGGGGUUAGCUGACACGAUGGAGCUACAGAUUGUCCUCUUUCUGCUUUUUCUGGUGAUUUACACACUUACAGUUUUGGGGAAUGUUGGGAUGAUCCUCGUAAUCAGGACUGACUCCCGACUUCACACACCCAUGUAUUUCUUCCUGGCGAACCUGUCCCUCGUGGAUGUUUGUUACUCCUCCACCAUCACCCCAAAGAUGCUGGCGGACCUAUUAUCAGAGAAGAAAACCAUCUCCGUUGCGGGCUGCUUCCUGCAACUGUACUUCUUCAUCGCCUUGGCCACGACUGAAUGCAUCCUCUUUGGGUUAAUGGCCUAUGACCGGUAUGUGGCCAUAUGCAACCCACUCCUUUACCCUGUGGUCAUGUCCAGGACAGUGUGCCUCAAAAUGGCAGCGGGCGCUUUUACAGCAGGGUUCUUGAACUCCAUGGUUAACACAAGUUAUGUGAGCAGCUUGCCAUUCUGCAGUUCCAAUGUCAUUCAUCAUUUCUUCUGUGACAGCCCUCCACUUUUUAGGCUCUCAUGUUCCAACACACACCUGAAUGAAAGUAUCAUUUCCACAUUUGCUGGUGUGAAUAUGGUGGGAAGUCUGCUGGUCAUCCUCACCUCCUACUCCUAUGUUCUCUUUUCUAUCUUCCGUAUGCAUUCAAGGGAGGGGAGGCGCAAAGCCUUCUCAACCUGUGCCUCUCACCUGACCGCUAUAACUCUGUUCUACGCCACCGCCAUCUAUACCUAUCUGAGACCUAGUUCCAGCUACUCUCUGGAUCAGGACAAAGUGGCUUCCGUGUUCUACACGGUGGUGAUCCCCAUGUUGAAUCCUCUGAUCUACAGCCUGCGGAAUAAGGAAGUAAAGAAGGCUUUAUGGAAUGUAACUAGCAGGACACGCAUCCCUUCAUUUCUCUGA